AUUGCCUUCAUUUUACACUUUGCUGUUCAUAUACAUAUAAUUGAAGACAUGUCAAGUAUCAUACGUUUUUAGUACUAAAAGAAAAAAUACAAAGAUCUACUUUUUUUUAUGAACUGAUUGUUUAAACAUUUAAUAUAUUAAGUGAUUUUUUAAGAAUAUUAUACAUGCAAUUAUAAAAGUAACAAAAUUCAAUAAAUUCAUUAACCUAUCGCUACUUGAGGUUAAAAUUCUUUGUUUAAUUGUAUUUAAAUGACAUGAUAUCUCAUGACGAGAUAAAAAUAGAAGUAGUACCGAUAAGUGGAAAAAGAAUUGAUGAAAAAGAAGAAACUGUAACAUUUGUAGAACAAUUUGUGAAAGAUGUGUGCGAUUUUAGUUCCCAGUAUGGAAGUAAUAUCAGUAUUUCAUAUACAGCUUACAAUAUUGCUGGGAAUCCUAGCAAAUUUCCAGACUAUGGAGAUUUUCCUCAAGCUUUUGUUAUGAGAACAUAUGGACAAUGGUGGAACAAAGCACCUUCAAGAUUAACAGAUUAUAUGCCACAGAAUAAUGUGGAUGUUGUAAGUCAAGAUUACAUAGAUCUAGAAUAUUACCAGGAGGUAUAUCCAAUUAGAAUAUCGGUAUAUGAAACUUACAAUCCUGGAAGUGUAGUUGGAAUUUGGGCUCAAAAUUCAGAAGGCAAAUGGUUUCAAUUAUGGAGUGGAUUUCCUCAAGUUGUACCACACAAGCCAAGAAUAUUUUCUCCAUAUUUGCAAUCAUGUAAUUUUAAAACAAAAAUGAUAAGACUGGAAUUUAAUCACAAUUUAUUAGACUAUUACACUGAAUUAGAUGCUGUGUUACUUAUUGGAACAUCAGAAUUAAUUGUACCUAACAACUUAUAUCAUCAAAAUUUAAAUGAUCUCUCACAAGAAUUGGGCUACCUUAAACAAAGUAAUGAUGACAUUUAUAAUCUAACACCAGAUUAUUUAAAAGCAAAUCAGGAUUUAGCAGUUAUUAAAAAAAUUCUUCCUAAACAUUGUAGACUUUUAAAAAGCAAAAUUAUAGAUAAUAUUUCCAAGGGUAAAUUAAUAUCUAAAAUAGGACAGCAUUAUCAAUCUGUUCCUCCAAUAGAAGAAGCCUUUAAUAGUUUGCAACAGUUCUUACAAGAAGAUUUUCCUAAACUUAUUAAAGACAUCAAUCAUUCAAUAUCAAACACAUUAAAUGAACAAAGUAACUCUACUAAGGAAAGGUUUUUGUUACCUUUAAAUGAUUCAGACAAUCAGCCGUGUGGUAGUUUUUCAACACUUCCAGAUGAAACAGUACUAAAAAUAUUAAAAAAUUUGGACUUAAAAUCAUUAUGUCGUUUAUGCAGAGUAAAUAGACACUUUAAUAAUAUUGCAAGAGAUGCUUUACUGUAUACAAGCCUCAAUUUGAAACCUUAUUGGCACUGUUUAGAUACAUCUGCAUUAAAUUGUUUAGCACUUAGGUGUCACUAUUUGCAACGGCUAGAUCUUUCAUGGUGUGGAAAUUAUAAUAUGAUUAAGUAUAAAGAUUUUACCGAUUUCCUUCACACAUCUGGAACUCUUUUGACACACUUGAGAUUAAAUUGUUGUCAGUUUGUGAAUGAUGAAGUUAUCUUUGAAAUUUCAAAAGUCUGUAAGAACUUAAAAGAGUUGUGUUUACGGAAUUGUAUGGGCGUAACAAAUGAAGGAUUUUCAAAUCUUGAAAAUUUGAAGUUGCUGGAGCGCUUAGAACUUUAUAGGACAUCUGUUGAAACUUCUACACUGUGUUCUAUUUUAAAGAAAAACACCCAAAUGAGACAUUUAAAUUUAGCAGGAAUGCAUGAUCGUUUAAAUAUAGAUGAAAUUGCGGUUGAAUUAGGAAAUUCUUGCCCAUAUUUGGAGAGUGUAGAUUUCUGGAAAGCACAAACUUUAACUCCACAUGGAGUUAAAGCUCUUUCUCAUUGCACUAAUCUCCGAGAAGUGGAUUUUGGAUGGUGUGGUGGAAUGGGUGCUCCCGGUGAUUCCUUACGAGCAUUAUUGUUUUCAUGUCGGUACUUGGAAAAAGUAUUUUUAGCAGCUCUUAGAGGAUUAACCGAUCGUGAUUUAGAACCACUUUUACUAUGUCAACGACUCCAGCAAUUGGACCUAUUAGGAGCUCGUUCUCUUACACCUGAAAUAUGUUACGGGUUUUUGUUAUUUUGUCCAAGAUUGGAAAUGAUUGAUCUCAGUUUUUGCGAAGGUAUUAACGAUUUUAUAAUACAAGAAUGGCGGCAACAAUAUCCACGCGUCUCUAUUAAAAGGAGUUUCCAAGUAACCAGUUCUGAUAUGCUGUAAUGGACAUUCCAUAAUAUUAUUGGUAUAUUGAAAUUUAUUAGAAAAAAUUAACAUAUUCUCGAUAUUCAAGAAAUCAGUUUCAUAUUGCCUAUACAUAAAGUCAAGACCAUAAUAUAAUUGUGCAUAAUUAUAUGUGAAAUAUAACUACAGAAAUAUAUAUUAUAUUUAUAAUUGUCUUUUAUAUAAGAAAAUAUAUGUAAAUAUAACUUUUUAUUCUUUCAAUAAAUUACUUCUAUUUCACUACAGUCUA